CUAACCAAUAACACACUUCAGUUUCAUUACUCUGAACAUUCACCAAGCAAAGUAUUCUCCAGGCGAGAGAUCGAUCAGACCAGGGAAGCUUAGCCAUGGUUGGACCAGGAAGGCCCCAAAUCGUCCUUUUCGGUUCUUCAAUCGUUCAGUACAGCUUCAUCAAUGGUGGCUGGGGAGCCACUCUCGCUGACGUCUACUCUCGCACGGCUGACAUCAUCCUUCGUGGUUACGGUGGUUGGAACUCCAGAUAUGCCUUAAAGGUCCUUGACCAAGUCUUCCCAAAGGAUGCUGUAGUACAACCUUCUUUGGUGAUAGUCUACUUCGGUGGGAAUGAUUCAAAGGCUCCUCAUCCAUCAGGCCAUGGACCUCAUGUUCCUCUAUCUGAAUUCGUUGAAAACAUGAGGAAGAUUGGGGAGCAUCUUUUGAGCCUUUCGGACAAGACCCGUGUCAUUUUUCUCUCUCCCCCACCAAUGAAUGAGACACAAAUCCAAUUAGUUUUUGGAAAUGCACUAAAAGGACGGAGUAACGAAGUUUGCCGUCCAUAUGCAGAAGCCUUGUUGAAUCUAUGCAAUGAGAUCAAUGUAAAAAGUGUUGAUCUUUGGAACGCAAUACAGCAACAAGAUGAUUGGUUGAACACCUGCUUCACAGAUGGGAUCCAUUUCACAGCCAAGGCAAGCGAGGUUGUCGUGAAGGAGGUAUUGAAGGUAGUGAAAGAAGCGGAUUGGAAACCGUGUCUUCACUGGAAGUCGCUACCAGUUGAGUUUCCCUUUGAUUUUGGUGUACCAAACUCCCUAAGCCUUAGUGAGAUAGAGUUAAUGAGAAACGACCAGUUGGAGCCAGCCCCUAGUGCGACUCUUCUGUAAAACGUUAAUAGAACAUGCUACUGGAGUGGUGUACCAGUUUCACGCUUUGUUUGCAUGCUUUGUUUUGAAUCGUUGUCUUCGGAUCUUAACAAGGUCUUUGAAUAACAUGUAAGACUAUCAUGUAAGUUCACAUAUGUUGGGGUCUCAACUUUCAAGUACUUUAGGUGUCUUUUUUCACAAAUAUAUCCCACAGUUUUGACAUGGGCUGACAGUGCAAAACCAUUGAAUCCAGCAUAUUUUUUUGUAAGUUUGAAAGCCCUACAAAGUCUUAAAUUGUGACUCAAACUUUUAAACUAUUUGUACAAAUAUUUUAUUUUUAUUCUAGUUGGUCAAUAAGCUCAUAAUUAUUUUGAACCGGGCUAGAUAUAUUUUUUUCUUUCUUUUGUGUUGAAUGAUUCCUUUUUUAAUAAACCUCUCUCGAGAUCGUUAUCAACAUUUUGUAGAUUUAGAGAUAAGAGUUAAUGUUCUUGCAAUAGAUUUGAAUCAUUUGAAAUUGUUAUCUAUGCUAUUAUUUAUGAAGCGAUUUUGCUGAUUUGUCACAUUCUCAAUGAUUUUAGCUAAUUUUGCUUAUUUGUCAUAUUAUUGUUAGUUUUUACCGAUCAC